AUGAUAAAAAAUGGAGAAAUAUACCGAUAUGAGACUAUGUUAUUUAACGAAGGGACUACUGUCAAAGAAGACUAUCGUUUUGGCGAUAUAAAACAGCCUGGUCCACCAACGGUUUAUAAGCCCAAAAAAUCUUGCAUGAGAAUACGUCCGCCGCCAUUAAAAGACAUUCAUGCUUUGACAGAAUGGAAUACGCGUUGUCAAUACGUGCCGUUUUACCUUUAUCAUAGACCGAAAGAUAUAAUCCAAACGAAUCCAAGACAAGUUCAACAGAGCUUUUUCGAGCCCCCAGACGAAGGACGAGAUAAUGCAAUAAAGACACGCCCGCGGUUAGUGAUGACCCCGGCAGUCAGUAUGGAUGAUAUCGAAGACCCUAAGGCUCGGAAUCUUCUUAUUGAGGACAUGUACACCAGUGAUAUGACAAGAGGAUUGAAGGAGGCUAUCAGACCGUACUUUAAAGUGCAAGCGCCAUUACCGGGCCCGCCCGCUAACGCUAAUCCGAUAAGGCUACCAAAGAUGUCUGUUUCCUACGUCUCACCUGAGUGGCGAAUGGAGUCAGUUAAGUGGGAUCAGAAGCAACUUAGAUCUUAUUGUGACACCACCAAGAAUUUCUGGCUCUCAAGGGAAUUACGUCCGUGUACGUUUUGUGAGCAGACGAAAAAAAUUGACGAGCAAAGGAAGAUAAUGUGUCAGUUAAAGCCUGGCAAAAGUCUCCAAAGACAUUGA